UGGUCAGACAGUUCUGGAACUCCUAGGCUCAGGCAAUCUGUCCUGGGAUCAGGACUGUGAGAUCCUGGGCAGAUCGCCAGAGCCUAGGAGUUCCAGACCCGCCUGACCAACAUGGAGAAACCCCGUCUUUACUAAAAAAAUAUACAAAAUUAGCCUCCACCAUGGACUCAGGUACAGCUCCUACCUGAACAUGGCACGCAGCAGCAGGGGCUGCAACCCUGACACUGUCAGCGUCACCAGCAGCGCGAAUCCUUGGGCCAGAAGCCUCUGGGGCGCCUAAAUCAGGGGGUGGGUCCCUGACUGCAGGAGGGCGGGAACCGACCCUCAGUGCCACCCCAGAGGCUGCACCGUGCCCAGUGCCAGGGUCCAGCUCCUGGAUCGCAGGUCGAGGAGGGGCUGGGAGUGGCUAUGUCAAGCGGGCCGUGUGGCAUGGCGCCCCCCAUGUUCCGUUCCAGGGAGGCCCGCCAACACGGAAGUGCCUCAGCGGCAGUUGCCACCUGCACGCGGUGCCUGGGGAACGUGGCCAGGGCGCGUGUCUCCUCAGCCUGUUGAGCUGCGCAUGCGCUGCUGGCUAACGGCUCUGCUCUGCGCGUUUCUGCUGAGAGAGGCCUGAGUGUGCAAGAGCUUGGCGAAAACAGAACUUUUUACGGGUGUCGAGGCACUGCGUGGACUGAAGAAGGGCAAAGACGAUCUGGGUGGGAGGGGGCGGGUGGUGGCUGGGGAAGGGCUAGCGGGAAGCUAGGGCCAACGGAGGGGUUUGGGGGAGGGCGAUCCGGAGGCGCGGGCUCUCUCUAGCAGGUUGCCGCAGCCAUGCAGUGGCUCUCUCCAGUCGGUGGCAAUGACUUGCCCACGGGCCAGGUGCGCCCGAGCCCCUUCAGCCAGCUAGUGUACACCAACAACGACUCCUACAUCAUCCAGUACGGGGAUCUUAGAAAGAUCCAUAAAGCUGCCUCCCGGGGCCAAGUCUCAAAGCUGCAGAAGAUGACAGUGAAGAAGAAGACCAUCAACCUUAAUGUAAAAGACGCCAGGAAGAGGACUGCUCUACACUGGGCCUGUGUCAACGGCCAUGCGGAAGUAGUAACAUUUCUGGUAGACAGAAAGUGCCAGCUUGACGUCCUUGAUGGUGAAAACAGGACACCUCUGAUGAAGGCUCUACAAUGCCAGAGGGAGGAUUGUGCAAAUAUUCUGGUAGACUCUGGUGCCGGUCUAAAUAUUGUAGAUGUGUAUGGCAACACAGCUCUCCAUUAUGCUGUUUAUAAUAAGAAUUUGUCAGUGGUGGCAAAACUGCUGUCCCACGGUGCAGUCAUCGAAACGCAAAACAAGGCUAGCCUCACACCACUUUUACUGGCCAUAACGAAAAGAAGUGAGCAAAUUGUGGAAUUUUUACUGACAAAAAAUGCAAAUGCGAAUGCAGUCAAUAGCUUUAAAUGCACAGCUCUCAUGUUCGCUGUAUGUCAUGGAUCAUCAGAGAUAGUCGGCAUGCUGCUUCUGCGAAAUGUUGACGUCUUUGCUGAAGAUACGUGUGGAAUGACUGCAGUACGUUAUGCUAUUGCUUGUGGAUUUGAUCACAUUCAUCAACAACUUUUGGAAUAUAUACGAAAAUUAUCUAAAAAUGCCAGUCCAGAUCAGAUGAUCCCAUCAGAAUCCAAACAAAAGGACAAAGAAGAAAAUUCUUGGGAUUUAGAGAGUGACCGUGAGACUGUUUCACAGAAGGAUGUGUGUUUACCCAAGGCUACACCUCAAAAAGAAUUCCAUAUGAUAAGUGAAAAAUUAGAAGGUAAGAACCAUUUUUUACUUAAAAGCCAUUUGACCAAAUAUUUCUCUAAACUGAUGAGGAAGAAUAUCCUCUAAUAGCCAAAGAGAAUUACCUUCUAAAUGCAAAGUGCGGAG